AUGCGUCCCGAUCGGAUGUGGAACGGCGAAAGCCGGUCCGCCAAUCGACUCGGGGCGUGGACCGGUGCGGAUUGGUGCGGCGGCCAAAGCCCGGGCUUACAAGCAAUGAAUACAUAA